UUAUUUAAUUGGCAUCGCAUCAGUUUUUUGUGGUCAAUAAUUUUCUUUUGCAUCGGAGAUAAGAGGUUGUAGUGAAUUUACGGAUGCGCAUGCGCUGCGUCAGCAGGCUUCUUUGACACUAGCGAUUGCGGGCAAAACCGGCCGCAUUAGGGUUACGAACUACAACGUGGUGAGGAUGGGGAAGUGCCCAGUCCUGUAUACAAGACCGUGCUCUCAAUCAACACCAUCAUCCAUGAGGAACACUCCAGGCUUGAAACUCAGCCAUUUUCCCUGAGGCGCGCGAGCGCGGCGAAUCCUAAAAUUUGGAAAUCAAUAAGCGUUGUACAAUGCUGCGUGCACAUGCCGCGUUAUAGAAAUGGUCGUCGCGUCAAAACACAGGAGGAUAUUGUAGGCACAUUCGUAAAAGUCAUAGACACAGGAAGAAGCGAACAGGAUUGGUGGAUGCAAAUGCAGUGACACUAAACAAGGGUAUAACGUAGGUGGUAACAAGGGGGUGUUUUAGGGAAAAAAAAAAGAAAAAGGGAGCGAAGAAGAAAAAGGAAAUGCCACGGUGCGACGUCAAGUGGAAACUCGCUGGGAUAUUCGCCGGAAUAAGCAACGGGUGUAUCGUUUACGUAGGUGACAGCAGUUCUUGGCUUGUUGGUUUCUCCGUACGUCCUGGACGUGUGAUAUUUGAGAGUGUGAGAGAGAGAGAUAGAGUAGUGGCAUAGGUUUAUAUAGCGUUGGUGGCCCUGAGAAGGUCGUAAGAGAGAGAGAAAGAGAGAAGGAGGGAAGCUCGUGAGUCGGGAGUAAAAUCUUGUGAGAUAUUCGUGCAAUAAUCUGCUGGUGAAACAAAACCUACUUUUUCCCUGAGAAAUGACUGUAGAACGUUUACUUUGUAAUUAUCAGCGAUCAUCUUGCGUUACUGAUAAGAACAGCGUCGGACAAUCGAGUUAUCGUGAGAAACGAUGGCCUGCGGAAGCGAAAUACUGUGCCUUUGAAAUUGGCGGAGGCCAAAAGUACUAUGCCUGUGCCAGCGCCGAGUAUUGUUGCAAUUUUGGUUGCUGCGUGUCGCCCGGUUUUCCAAUCUAUCAUCUAUGGUAUUAUUGGCUUCUCGUUAUUAUCAUGUUCCUCGUGUGUUCUGGUGGUGGUUGGUGGUAUCGCUACUGGCUUCAAGGAAGAUAUAGAGCAGCUGCAUCUGCUAUACCAAGUAGAACAACCACCAUGAGAACGCAGAAUCCUCUGCGCGGUCCAACCUGUCAAGCACAGCAGGCACGGAUCACGUAUAACUCAGCAAGGAAUACCGUCCUGUUGCAUCGCAUGUGGAAAGGUCCGCAUCGCAGUGUAACCUCACCAGCUUACAAUGGUGCCGCAGCGAGCUCGACGCACUUUCAAAACACAAGUGUCGUUUUAAAUGAAAACACCUGUCCAUAUUAUCAAUUGUACGGACCACCGCCAAGCUACGAGACAGUCAUUGCUCAGACUCGUGGCAAGGUGUCGAAUCCUACUUCACCUGAGAAUUCAAGGACGAGUUUGCAGACGCCACCUGUGCAAUCCAGAAGUAUGCCACCCUGUUAUGCGCAUCCUUAUGGAAUGGCACCGAGGAGGAAUGAUAACAUGGAUUCGGCCCACACUUCAAAUCGUGGGAUCAAUUCACGGCAGCUGGAUGGAUACGAUACUCCAGGAUAUCCGCACUACGCGUCAGCAUCUCAGCCUAAUGGAAGUACGACGGCGAGACAUGAUGUGUGUGUACCGAUGGAGUUCUCUGAAGAUUGCGCACCAAGUAUUGGGAAUACUUUGAGAAUUCAUCAAGGAUCCUUGAAGAGGUUUAUUAAACCUACUGAGAUGUCCUUGUCGCAGGAUAAUAAUAAUACCAAUAUAGAGAGGUUUGGGAUACUUAGCAUCAACUGUGCUAGUGGCUCUGGUGAACACGCUUUCAGGGAUUUGAGUAAUCUGAGUCAGGAUCGUAUACAAGAGCAGGAAGUACCAGAGACUUUUCGUUUACCAACUGAAACUUAUUCAGUGGUUGCUACUAGGUUGAUGUAUCCAAAACGCGUGGAGCAACGCUAUGGGAAACGGAACCAAGAAGAUGAUGAUUCUGCUCGGGAUAGAUCCAGUAGUCCUGGUACCUCAGGACUAUCGAAUCGGGACAAAGAUAAACGACAUAGUCCUGAUGGUGGUGUCUUCACCAGGGAUCCGGAUCCUAUUGGUAGCAACCAGGAUACCGGUAACGUCAUACGGGAAGGUACAAGCCCAUCUCAAUCAAGUCCAUCCAAUAAUGUGAUAUUAGCACCUCUUACUUGUAACCUUACGAAUGAUAUUUCGUCGCCGUCAGCUCUCGCCUCCAAUAAUGUUAAUAAUCAAGUGGGGCUACGAUCACCCUCUGAUUUUGCCAGGCGUUUUGCCUCGAGUUUUGAAAGUAAACCUAAAUUAGACAGAUCGAAGUCACUCGACUGAGCAGCGUUGCAAUAACGAGAUUAAUUAAGCAGCUUUAUACCGCGCGCGUUAAUCUCUGUGCAGUCUUAUAAAACGCGUGUUUAUCUUUGUACAAAUGUAUAAAAGAAUUGACUGAAAAGUCGAGAUUGAUGAAAAGAAAAUUGUAUCGCACGUUAACACCAUCGAUCGACAAGUUAUAAGAAUUUGAAAUACUGCAAGGAUUUCAUUUGUUGAAAGGAUCAAAUACUGCAAGGAUUUCAUUUUUGUGAGGUUUUCCAAAACGGUGAAUAUUCAUUUUUUACAUUGAAAAGCAAUCCGGAAGCCAACGGUUAGCUAAUUGAAUAGAGAAAGGAAUUUACACGAAUUUUAAAUGCAUGAAAUAAUGCGGAUACUGGCCAUUAAAAAGACAAGGAAAAACUUCAUUUCUCAGCUUCGGCAGUGUCAUGUUUUUUCAACUCACUUGCAUUUGUGAAUAUUGCAAUGUAUGUAAAGAUAUACACACAAGAUAGUGCGCGGGAAAAUUUUGGCUGAAAAACAUUAUGGAAGUUAAUGAAUAGGUCAGAGUAAUUUACUAGAAAAUCAAUGUCCAGAAUCAUAAUUGCCUGCGACAGCAGAACGGGCCAGUGGAUAUAAUUGAACAGCUAAACGUAAAUUUCUGGUAUAUGGAUAGUUGGGGCAAACAACAGGAACACACAUGGUGCUUGGAUAGCACCUGUUUCUAGCCAACGACGAUUCUAGACAUUGAUUUUCUGGCGAAUGACAGCAACCAUAAUGAACCAAGUUGUUACGUAAUUCGUGGAUAAAAACAGAUAUUAUUCCAUGAAAGCUCGAAAAUUUGCUCGAGUCCCGUGGAUAGCGACCUCCAUUAAUUUUGCUUAAAACGCAACGAGCGUCUUUUAAUUUCAUUGGGCACUGCCUUUUCCUCCACUCUUAUUAAGAACCCAAUCACACUCGUCAGCGCAACUACCGACUAAUAACACAACGUGAAUUCUUCUGGACGUGUUUUGUACCAUUGAUCGACAGUCUGCGUUCUAACGCGUGUUUGACGAAUAUGACUGGGCCUGUAACAUUGGACAACCAAAUCCAUAAAAAUGACGAAUUUCAGAUUUCUUGUUUUAAAUUCUAUAAAUUAUUUUCUUCAGAAUUUGCGUUGACUUUUAGCGAGAUAAAAGAAUGAAUAUAUAUGAAAAUUUAUCUAUAUAUCUAAAUAAUGUAUUAUUAAUCAGCCACUCUAAUUUCGAAGUUCUGUAUAUGUAAGAUACCUAAAUACACCAGAAACAACGCUGGUUGUUCCUAGUGUUAAAGGAUAUAUCCACGGGAUGGCAUUUGGAAGGAAAGUGUGUAUCAACUAGCGAGCGUAUAACCUAUAAUUAGAAUAUAGAUUGUCAAUAUUUUCUACCAUUUAUUCUCUGUUCCCACUGGAUAUUUUUACCACUGCACUCUUUUUCUCCAUACUCUUUACGAAGAAAGAUAUAAAACAAAAAAAAAACAAGAAACAAAGUCAAAGAAAAAUACUUGGCGAAUAGAUGCAGAUGUUAUACAAAACUGACUUUCAGCAGCCAAAAUACCAAAAUGGGUGGUAAAAAUGAUGACCGAAAAAAUAAGAAAACGGGUACCGACUAGAGUAUAUAAAGAGUAAGGGAAAGAAGGAAAGAAACAGAAAAAAAGAUAAUGAACUCAAGUAACAGUGCAUCCUCUAUUUUUCCGAAUAUCCAUAUCAACUUAGUCAUUGUUACUUUCUUAUUAAAGAUAUAUAUAUAUAGCACAAAGGCGCGUACCAAGAGAUACGAAAAAAAAAGUGAAACAAUUAAGAAAAGGAUGAUCGUUGCUAUAAUAGAAAUUAAGAACGAUUAACUGUGAUCUUUUACACAAGUGAUACACAGCGAAAUGACUGAUCAUUAUCUAGGAUGAAUAAUCAAAGCCAUGCACUUUGAAAAUUGAAUAGAACAACAACAAGAAAAACGAAGAAAAAGAUUCAAUAAAAUCCUCGAUAAGGAGAUAGAAGUUUCUCUGUGUUCUAUCACCGCUAUUAAGGAAUCUUCCCGAAGAGAAGAUCUAAUGACGUUGUUCUUUAAUAACUUGUCAAGGCUGGCCCCUUUAAAUUCAUAAAAAAGAUAAAUAUAGGCUUACGUACAGAGACCCAUAAAUUCUUACUAUUAUAUGAAAGUUCUGAAAACGUCGCUUCGCACUUUCUUCAAAUACUAUAAUCCUUGAUCUUCAUUCCGAUGCACUUUGCUCUAAUUGAAACUCAUUAAAUUUUUGGAUCUCUCGAGUUUUCUUAUCAGCGAGGAUAAAAAGCGGUCCAAUAUGAAUGAUAAGACGAAGAAGAAGAAAAGCAUUAUAUGUGCCAAUAGAAAUAACAAGAAUAACGGAUUGGGUGAUACAUUAAUUAUUUGACAUUCGAAUGAGUACGAUAAAUUGUAUGAAAAUGAGAAUAAGUCAUUUCUUCAAGUUCUGCGUACGUAAUACUAUUAUCUUUGUGUGUGGUGUUUUAAGGACGUGAUUAUAGGCUUGUGAGCCAAAUGAUUAUAUAUAUAAAUACAUAUGACGCGAUUGCAGUACGUGCAUCGUGCGUGCUGAACUAUUGGUAUACAUAUAUGAUCUACGUAGAUAUAUUAUAUAUAUUGCGAAUUAUUUUUUCUAAUCGAGUCCUAGUCAGCGAUCGUCCAUUCCCAAAUGAUGCUAAUAUUAAUAUUAAUGGUUUAUGAUACGAAGGGACACGGUAUUAAUUAAUUGUAUUAUUGUACUAGGAGUGACCCUACAUUAUUACCAUAUUGACAGUACAUACGUCUAACUAUAUUAAUAGCUUAUUAUGUGAAUGAGUGUGGAUGCAUGGCCAUCUGGAUGCGUCAUGACGGAUGCGAAUAGAUAUGUGAGUAUUCGCUUUUAAAGUGACGCUAAUUAUUCGGAAACAUCCUUUUACUGUGUAAUAUGCAAUCAUUCGUAUUUAUGAAUAGAAUAUGGAGAGUGAGCGAAGGAGAGAGAGAGAGAGAGAGAGAGAGAGAGAGAGUGAGACAGAGAAACACGGUAAUAACGCUGUAUUAUAUUGUAUUUAAUGUAAAGAUGUCGACGAAAUAAAGGCAUGGGAUAUUUAUUCACUAAUGUGAUAAACAUUGUUUAUAGAGUAAUAGUGAUAGGAUUUAUUUUGUUUUACUUUGUAUAUAUGUAAAAGAUAGAAAUUGG